AUGUCUCUCCUCGAAUUCGAUUGCCAGACCCGUAAUCUGAUGAUCCAGUUGCAGCUUGAGGAUCUCGAUGACCUCACUGACCGAAAGGGCAAGUCUUGUGGGGUUUCUGACUUUGAGGCAGCGCUCGACACGUAUAGACACGAACUGGCUAUCGAAGAGUCGUUCAUAUAUGACAGAUCAUUAUCCGAAAGCAUUGCACGUGCCGUCAUCCUUGAUGGGGACUUGAUCAGUACCUAUAUCUUGGAAGAGGAGCAGGCUGUACAUGACAGGGACUACGCCUGGGCGAUAGGGCCCAGCAAGCCGGCACAGGAGCGAAACGACACCUCACAACAAUGUCCAGACUUGGAGGACAAUUAUCUGUCCAAGCUAGCCGCUCUCUACAUCUCACCACCGAAUGAAGAACCGGAGUCUUCGAGCUCUGCGGAGAAAAGGGCCCAGCUGACAACAGCCAAGAUCCGGAAGACUAAGAAGAGCGAAUGCAUCAUCUGUGGAGACAAGCAUCACUUCUUCGACUUGGCCACGUGUCCUUGCUCUCACGAGUACUGCCGAGAAUGUCUCGAGGCGCUCUUCCAAGCAUCCUUUACCGACCAGUCACUCUUCCCACCCCGCUGCUGUAACCGACCGAUCCCGAUUGAAUCAAAUAGAGUCUUCCUGACAUCGAAAAUCGUGGGCGAAUACCAAGCCAAGAAGAUCGAGUUUGAAACCCCAAACCCAACGUACUGUCACUUACCAUCCUGUGUGACGUUCAUUCCCAGAACGUUUAUUGAAGGAGACACAGGCACAUGUGUUAGUUGCGCAGCGCGGACAUGCAUUGUCUGCAAAGGCGCUGCGCAUAAGGGAGACUGCCCCUAUGAUGAGACAGUCCAGGAUCUCUUAAGGGCAGCAGCGGAGAAUGGAUGGCAGCGAUGUUACAACUGCCGACGAGUGGUGGAGUUAGAGGUUGGCUGUAACCACAUGAGUAAGUUAGAAUCACAUGGAGCUGCUUUUAUCUACUGA